UCAAAGGGAACUAGCAUAGUCGCAUAGAGACACAUUCAUUGGGUUGGGAACCUUUCUCCUUUUCUCUUUUGCGUGUAUCUAUCUAAUUAACAUUACUUUCAUUCUCGUAUACCAUACUAAAUAAAUACUCUAAGUGUUGGCUUUUGGAGUUCUCUUACGUUCUUUGUUCACAAUCUUGAUUCUUUCUUGAAGCCCUCUCCUCUGAGCUUCUUUUCCUUGUUAUUGAUGGCGUCCCAAGCAAGCCUCCUCCUCCAAAAGCAACUCAAAGAUCUUUGCAAGAACCCCGUCGACGGUUUUUCCGCCGGUUUGGUGGACGAAACCAACAUUUUUGAAUGGAGUGUUACGAUAAUUGGACCUCCUGAUACUCUUUAUGAGGGGGGAUUUUUCAAUGCCAUUAUGAGCUUUCCACCCAACUACCCAAAUAGUCCGCCAUCAGUGAAAUUCACCUCAGAGUUAUGGCAUCCCAAUGUAUAUCCUGAUGGGCGGGUUUGCAUAUCAAUUCUUCAUCCUCCUGGGGAGGACCCAAAUGGUUAUGAGCUUGCAAGUGAGCGCUGGACGCCUGUUCAUACAGUAGAGAGUAUAGUGUUGAGUAUCAUAUCAAUGCUUUCUAGUCCUAAUGAUGAAUCUCCUGCAAAUGUUGAAGCUGCGAAGGAGUGGAGAGAUAGGAGAGAUGAAUUCAAGAGAAAGGUUAGCCGUUGCGUACGGAAGUCACAGGAAAUGCUGUGAUUCACAUCUGGCUGCUCAUCCCGAUUUUGUGAACUGGAGGAGUGCAACUUAUAAUGUAUGGAUUGGUUCACCUCAUGCUGUUUAUCCGGGUAGACUGGCCCCCGGAAGUUCACACGAUAGCAUGCUUCUUUCUUCAGUUCCGUGUUGUUUCUUCUUUACACGGUCAUUGUCAUAACAUGGAAAAAACCAAUUAUAUUCUAAGUGUUUUGCCAGUGUUUCGUCACUAGUUAAUUGAAAAUUUAGUUUGUUCAUUUGCAUAACCUUAUUGUUAAAAUUUGAGAUUAGGUGGAAAGUUUUGCCUUUUGUUGAAUAUUGUGAUUGUGGAUGGUGCGUUCUGAAUUUUUCCAUUUUGCCUUGUGUUAUAGGCUUCUUUACCUGUAUAUUGCUGUUUUGGCUAGCUUGUUAUUGCUUUU